GGUAGGCGGGCCCGUGGCCGUGCCCGUGGCCGGGCGCAGCGGGCGCGCAGGGCCGGCCGGCAGCGGCCAUGUGGGGCUGUGGCGACCCCGGUGGAGCCGCCGCUGCCGCCACCGUCGUCCUGAGCGGGACCCGCGACUGCUUCCUGCACCUGCCGCCUGCGCUGGCCUCGCUCCUCCGCCUGCAGCAGGGCCAAGCUGUGAAAGUAUCCUGUGGUCAUCAGCCAGUAUUUUUGAGCUGGAUGGAAACCAGGCAUCGAGGUUAUCAGAGUGAAAAUAUUGCAGAGAUUAACAGACAUUUGGCAGAGAAACUUGGCAUCACAGAUGGAGAACAGGUGUUUCUUGAACCUUGUUCCCAUGUUUCCUCCUGUCAGCAAGUAGAAGUGGAACCACUCACAGCAGAUGAUUGGGAAAUUCUGGAACUGCAUGCUUCCUCCCUGGAAAGACAUCUUCUUGAUCAGAUUCGAGUGGUGUUUCCAAGAGCCAUCUUUCCUGUCUGGGUUGAGCAGCACACCCAUGUUUACAUCAGAAUCGGUACACUUGUGCCACCAGCCCCAUAUGGGAGAUUAGAGCCAUGCACGGAGCUUCUGAUAUGCCCCAAAACACACGGUCCUGAGGAGAGUAUCACCAGCACACUUGCCACAGAAAGUGACAUCUUGCUCAAAAAUUUUGUGAAAAAUAACAUGGAACAAGAAGAAACAUUAAAGGAUCCUUUUGCCAAACAACCUUACUUAAAGCCUGGAGUCCUUGAGCAGAGUAAGACUGAUGCAAACGUGACGUUUGGCUCAAAUGUUCUCCCAAAUAUAUGGAAUUUCAUUGGGAACAUUUUCUCUAAUGCAUCUGAACAGAAACAAAAGACUUCAUGUGAUAACUAUGAAAUGAGCAUCUUCAAAGACAAGCUGCUGAACUCAAUUCACAUGGAUUCCAUUUUUAGAGUGUGUCAGUCCCAGCCUCCCAGCGUACAGAAUGUAUCCACCACUCAUGAAUUUCUGAAAAGCAAUGCUGUUCACGUUUUUCCAUGGAAUUUAGAAUAUAUUGAUUUGGAUCCAAAUCCUGUAGUAUCAUACGGGAAAAUUAACGAGCUGCUUUCCCCAAGACAGCGUCAUCAAGAAGCAAAACAAAAUCUACCCCUUGAAAAGCAAAAUCAUUUGACUAGUACAGAAGACAAAAACCCUUCUAAUUCUAAUAGCGGUCAAGCAUCCAGUGAGGGAUCUGUUGUUCAAAUCGUUUGGAAUGGAUUUGAAGACCUAAAGAGUGUCAUAGAGUAUGGCCAUGAUGGGGGAGCCCUGCAUGUUGGAAGAGUCUGGAUUGCAGAUGGUCUGAGAAAAAAACUACAUAUCGAAAUGCAUUCAACAGUCCGAAUUAAGUCCAUUGAAUCUAUUCCUAAAAUUCCGGUAUCUCUUACACUGCAACCCAAACAGAACUUACAUAAAGAUAUACAUGAAGAUGAUGUUAAAUGUGCAUUCAGUUCUUGGCUGCAGGAUUCCACUACUGAUGAUCACCCGUGGAUAAUGACAAGCACAGACUGUGUACAUCUGUCUGUUAAAGAAGGAAUAGAGGAGUUUGUCCUUAGUGCAGCACAUCCCGUGCACAUUGAAGAAAAUAAGUCUGAGGAUAUUUUUAUACUGAGUCCCAGUUUGCUGCAAAAGACAAAUAUACAAGUUGUUUUACAUCCUCUAAGUAGAAAAGCUGAUGAUGACAGCCAGCCACCUAUGCCUGAUAGAGACAAGACCCUUCCAUACCACAAACUAAGUGAUUUAGGAGGAUUGGACAAAUUAGGAACAUCUUUAUUUGAACACAUAAGCCACAGUCUUCUGGGGCGUCCUUUAUCUCAAAAGCUGGCUGCUAAUGCUGUGGGACUGCGAAGUGGAGGGGUGCUUCUCACAGGAGGAAAGGGAAGUGGAAAGUCAACAUUAGGAAAGGCAAUCUGCAAAGAAGCUUUCACUAGACUGGAUGCUCAUGUAGAAGUAAUUGAUUGUAAAGCUUUAAAAGGAAAAAGAUUAGUAAACAUAAGGAAACAUGUGGAAGAAGCUUUUUUAGAGGCAGCCUGGAGACAGCCAUCCGUUCUUCUGAUGGAUGAUCUUGAUCACAUUGUUGGAGUACCUUCUACACCAGAGCAUGAGAACAGCCCUGAAACUGUUCAAAGCAAUAGACUUGCUUAUGUUUUGAAAGAUCUGAUGAAAGAAGUUAUUGCCAUGGGGAGUUUGAUUGCAUUAAUUGCCACGAGUCAGUCUGAACAUUCCCUUCAUCCUUCCCUGGUUUCAGCACAAGGAACUCAUAUAUUUCAGUGCUUCAAAUGUAUCCGAUCUCCAGACCAGAAGCAAAGAUAUGAAAUGCUGUAUUCCAUAAUAAAGAGGAAACUGAAUUCUGAUCCAAAGGACUUCUCUGAUCUUGACCUCCAGUGUAUUGCGAAGGAAACAGAAGGUUUUGUUGCUAGAGAUUUUACUAUGCUGGUGGAUCGUGCCAUUCAUACCUGUGCUUCUAACCCGAAUGCAUCAGAUAAUGGUGAUUUGAACCUGUCAACUGUGGAUUUUCAAAAAGCUCUAAAAGAUUUUACUCCAUUAGCUCUGAGAAAUGUCAACCUUCAUAAACCUAAAGACCUUGUCUGGGACAGGAUUGGUGGCUUAAAAGAUGUGAAGCAAAUGCUCAGGGAUACCAUCAUGUUACCUGCAAAGUAUCCAGAAUUAUUUGCCAGCUUGCCCAUUCGACAGAGAUCAGGAGUUUUGCUGUACGGAGCACCUGGAACAGGAAAAACACUUUUGGCAGGAGUGGUUGCAAGAGAGAGUGGAAUGAAUUUCAUCAGCAUCAAGGGACCAGAGCUGCUCAGCAAAUACAUUGGAGCAAGUGAACAAGCAGUUCGAGACAUAUUUAACAGAGCUCAGGCAGCUAAGCCUUGUAUUGUUUUCUUUGAUGAGUUUGAUUCUAUUGCUCCUCGCCGAGGUCACGACAGCACAGGAGUCACCGACCGAGUGGUUAACCAGCUGUUGACUCAGUUAGAUGGUGUGGAAGGCCUGCAAGGAGUUUAUGUGCUAGCUGCUACCAGUCGCCCGGAUUUGAUUGACCCUGCUUUGUUAAGGCCAGGUCGACUGGAUAAAUGCCUGUACUGUCCACCUCCUGAUCAGAAUUCACGCUGUGAAAUCUUAAAAGCUCUCAGUCAUUCCCUGUCCUUGGCAAAUGAUGUGGACUUUCAGGAUUUGGCAGCAAAAACAGAACAGUUCACAGGGGCUGACCUAAAAGCUUUAUUAUACAAUGCCCAAUUAGAGGCAAUUCAUACUAAUUUAAAUUUAGGCUUAACACAGGAUUUUGGAUCUAGUUCUGAUAGUGACUUCAGUCUCUCUUCCAUGGUUUUUCUAAACCACAGCAGUGGCUCAGAUGAUUCAGUGACAGAUGGAGAAGCAGUGCUAGAGCACUCUCUUAUUUCUUUAGAUAUGUCUGACUUGCUUCCUGAAGAUCCAAGGUCCAACAUGUAUCGUCUUUAUUUUGGAAGCUCUUAUGAAUCAGAGCUGGGGAAUGGAACUCCUUCAGAACUGAGCUCUUUGUGUUUAUCCGGUCCAAACUCCAUAACUUACGACUUCACCAGCAUCACUCAGAGAGAUGUUGCAUCCUCACAACCUGCAAUGCUUAGAACAGCGUCUCAAGAAGGCUCCCUGGAGAACCAGGAGCAGCAAGCAGAGCACCUGAGUACAGAAAUCAAUGCUAACAAGGCCAAUUACAGAAGCAAGAAUGGAGAGGACAGCACCCUUAAUCAGUCAGUGCUUCCCAAGACCACUAUAACUAUUACCCAGUCUCAUCUGAUGAGUGCUCUUCAGGGUAUGAGACCAUCCAUUAGUCAGGAUGACUGGAAGCAUUUUACUGCACUGUAUGAUAGUUUUCAGAAUCCCAAGAAGAGGAAAGUACAGAUUGGCGCAACAUUCAGACCAGGACAAAAAAUUACUCUAGCUUAGUAAUUUGUACUUGCUUGUAAUUGCUAAACUGUAACUGGAAUUUACAGAUGUGAUACAAUCAGAUUAUUUAUAUUCAUAUAGAUUUAUUAAUGCAGCAGUUGGAGAUAAGUUUCUUUUAAACUAAUACGCUGUAAAAUUAUGUCACAUUUUAUUUUGAAGAAAAUUGUCCUCCUUUAGAUUGAUAUUAAAUUUUUUGAGAGAACAUUGGUUAUGUUCUGUCCACUUGUUUAUCAUAAACUUUUAGAUUUUGUUUUUUAUCCGUUUACUUGCCACAAUCUAACAACGAUUUCCUGUCCCUGCUUACUCCCUCACAACAAAUAGAUUCUGGUCAAAAAGACUGUAAUAUUAAUGCGGAUAUUUUUUUAAAAUAUUCUAUAAAGCCAUUCUCUAAUGGCCUUUGGAGGGCUUAGAGGGUGGUAUUUCAUAUGUAUAUUAGCAGGCAACUAGACUAAUAUUUCCAGAAUAUACUUUUCCAGCUAUAGCAGGAAAAACCAGACCAAGAUACUUGCCUCUUGUUUUCUGCCAGUUUGUUAAUCAGAAAGAACCAAAUUGCAUUUCACAACGUGCACCUUCUUACCCCUACUUUUUUUCCUGGAGACUGCUAAAAAUAUUUCAGAUGCUUGGAGGCUUUCUAAUGUUACAUCUGAAAUUAUUCACAACUCUUGUCUUCCAUGGAGAUUGUUAGAGAGUUGUGUUCUUUAACUGAUACAUAGAUAACCAGGUCUUAACACAAGGAAGAAAAAAAACUAGAGAUGUUUCCCAUGAGUCUGUUUGACCUUUUCACAGCAUUUUGCUUCCCCUUCAAAAGAGUCUUUAUCUCUAAGCCAAGGAAGUACUAUAUUAUCAUCAGUUCAAAUACUUGCAUUUGAAAUUUCAGCCCAGUUAAUUUAUUGAUUAGUUCCUUCAGUUUCUCAGGUACCAAUAGGAGUUUUCGCUUAUUCUUUCACCUACUGGCUUAGAUUUUUCAGUAAAGGCUUCUUUCCUACAUCUAGAACCUCUGCAAGAAGGUGAUCUUCCAGCUCUGUCCAUGUCAAAAUUGUUUAAAGAACACUGGUUUAUUACAUCUUCUUCACUUGGUAAAGAAAUCUUAAGAUAUUACAAAAACAUCCAGAUUAGCCAAAAUUAGCAGCAGUAUCUGUUCUUCAGUUUAGGUCUAGAUAAUGGUUGUACAAAUUUCAUUAGAAAUGGAAAUGAUCUCAUAAUGCGGUGAUACUUAACUCUGAAAAGACCAGUUGCAGGCUAAUUGUGAUGGUAGCAAAGACAAUUCCAUAGAUUAUUGGACUGUCCUCACAUUUGGGAGUCAUUUAAUUGGAAUAUUGUAUUUCAGUGCCAAGAAUUAUAUUGCAGUGUUCAAAAGGAAAGUUCGCUGUAUGGCAAGGUCUUAUAAGUCCUCAACCAAAAUUAUGUACUACACUGUCAUGGAAAAUGUUCUUAAAAUCCAGGAAGCCUAUAUUCAAAAUCUCUAUUUUUCCUCCUUCCUCCAUGCAAGGAAUUUCACCAGUGAAUGAACUCAGUGUUAGUUCAGACAUUCCCCUGCAUGCAUAACCUGGAUGAUGCUGAGGGCAGGUUCAUAUGGUCCAAGAAGGAGGUCACUGAAUAACUACCUGCUGUUAGGUGAUCUUUGGUUACAUCCUGAGUUACAUUGACAUCUCACCUUGGAAGGUAAUAGAGAAUGUAAAUGAAGCCUAGCUAAGAGCUGUUCUAAGUCUGAUGUACAAGGAGCAUUAAGCCUGUAGCUCAGCGGAGGAUAAUGCCUUCUCUUCAAGCGUUGUGCAAUGAGGAUCAACUGGCCUGUAGAGACUUGCACAAGGCCUGGGAGGGAGAGGCACUCCAGGAGAAAAGGGACUGAUGGCAUUCAUUUCACAUUCUGUAGGGCAGUAGGAUUUAGCUGCAGUGGCUCAUAAUGACUGCAUUGCACACAUUACAAGCAAUGUGUGUCAUGUUUGAACCUGUUUUCUGCUCUCCUCCAUCAAGUCAAAACUAAACAAGCUCUGUGAAGCAGCAAUCUAGAGAUGAACAAAUCCUAUGCCUUCUCACUAGUUCUCCUGUCACUACCUCUCUUAAGGGAUAAUGAUGUCUAUUUUUCUGGUUAUAUAUUACAGCCCUUAUAAAGGUUUGAUAACCUGGGGUAGCUUUUUUCUUUCACUUCUCUUGUGACCAACAUUGUCAGCUGUUACUGAUCUUUCCUCCACUGCAUGCCAGUCUUUCCCUAUAGUUGAGGGACUUCUGAAAAAACAAGUGUUAAACAUAAAUGAUGUAAACAGUAACCCUGUUUCCAAUGUACAAGGCAUUAUUUAAAUUUGUUCAUAGGAACUUGGUUUCCGUGACUAUUCAAUAAUACUAUAAUUUUUCUUAAAAUGGAUUUUAUGUUUGGAGCUAUCUUCUUUCAGCUGGUUAGCUGGUAUUUUUUUCAAACAAUGCUUUGGAAAAAUGUACCUGUUUUGAAAGUGAUCUGCCAUUCUGGACUGAGUGUUGACUGGAAAGAGUUGCAGGGUGGAAAAAAAAAGUGAGGUAGCAGGUCAGUUCUGUUAAAUCCUGGUUUAGUUAGUGCAAUUAACUCUACUGAGAAGCUUAUAUGUCUGAAUGUUGAGGGAAUCUGGUAAUUCUUAAUGAUGAAAAUUUUCCAAGAAUUGGGGGCAAUAAAUUUUCUUGGAAAAUUUUCCAAGAUU